AGAGACAAAUCGUCUCCACAACUCCUUUGUCAUAAAUUUUUUCUGGUGCUGUAAUUAUAUCAAUUACAGUAAUUCUAUCCAUGCUAUCUGUGGAUUGAAAUUGAGAAACAGGAAUACGAGAGGAAUAUCACCUUUCAAAAUGGACUAUCUUUAUCCUUGUAUGCUGUUUGUGUGGGUAGCAUAUCUGUGGGAGACAUACCUUCAAUGGCGACAACACUGUGUGUAUAAGACGUCCACUGUGGCUCCACCUGAGGUGGUGGGCAUGAUUGACCAAGACACCUUCAGCAAGAGUCGACUCUACCAGUUGGACAAGAGCUUUUUCUCCCUUGUACAGAACUUUGUCAAACAAAUCGAGUUUCUUGUAUUCAUUGUUCUUGGUGCUAUCCCAUAUGCCUGGAGCCUUGCUGGGUCAUGUGUAGAACUACUAGGGUAUGAUCCUGCUCAGGACCAAGAGAUAAAACAAGCAGUGGCUUUCUUACUCGUGGUUCAAGUAUACUCCACUAUCUCUGAUAUACCAUGGAGUUUGUAUUCUAUUUUUGUCCUCGAGGAGAAGCAUGGAUUCAAUAAGCAGACUAUUGGAUUCUUUGUUAAAGACUCAAUCAAGAAGUUCUUACUUCAAGCUGUUCUCAAUCCGUCCAUCAUGGCUGGUCUCAUUUUCAUCAUCAAGUGGGGGGGAGAGUACUUUUACCUAUACGCCUGGGUAUUUGUCCUCAUUGUGUCACUUGUGAUGAUCUUUAUUUACCACGAUUACAUUGCCCCCCUCUUUGACAAAUAUACUCCUCUUCCGGAUGGAAAUUUGAAAACUGCCAUUGAAAACCUCGCCUCAACUCUCACAUUUCCUCUCAAGAAACUUCUCGUGGUGGAAGGCUCCAAAAGAUCGGCACACAGUAACGCAUAUUUUUAUGGAUUUUGGAAGAGCAAGUGUAUAGUGUUGUUUGACACUCUCCUGGAGGAAGGUAUCCUUCCCAAGACACAGGAGGGCAUGCCGAGCAAAGAGAAAGAAGAUGUGACCAAUAAGGGAGAGGAGGGUGUGGCUACUGAGAAGGGAGCAAUGUUAAAUGAGAGCAAGAAUGAAGUAAAGGGGUGCAAUACUGACGAGAUAUUGGCUGUUCUGGCUCAUGAGCUGGGGCACUGGAAACUUAGUCACAACUUAAAGAACAUUGUCAUUGCUGAGGUAAAUCUUCUUGUGAUUUUGUUCAUGUUCAGCUACUUCAUGAACCAGCAGGACCUCUACACCAGCUUUGGGUUUUCUGACUCCCGUCCCAUUCUCAUUGGGUUCAUUCUCUUCCUUCAACUCAUCUUCCUACCUUACAAUGAGGUGCUCUCCUUCCUGCUUACUCAGCUGUGUCGAAGGUUUGAGUACCAGGCCGAUGCUUUUGCCCGGGAGCUUGGUAAAGCGAGUCCACUGAAGUCAGCGCUCACCAAGCUACACAAGGACAACCUUUCCUUUCCCAUAGCAGACCCUCUCUACUCUGCCUUUCACCAUUCUCAUCCCACAUUCUUGGAGAGAAUCAGAGUGCUAACUGAUAAGAAGCAGGACUGAUGCGUGUGUGUGUGUGUGUGUAUGUUAUUGCUUUACUGCUUUUGUGCACAUGCAUCACAUUGGUUAUUUGACAGGGCGGCUUGUUGCAACCUGCUCUGUAAAGAGUGA